AAUCAUUUAAUUAUUUUUAAUAUUUGGUUGAAGUAUUAAGAAACUUAUAAAUAGCAAUUUUGACUAUUACACUUAAACCUUUGUCAUUAUAUUCUGCUUGCUAUUCGUCGUUUUUACUUUGGAAUAUUUCCAUAUUCUUCCAUUAUUUUAACAGGAACUGUUUUUAUUUAAUUUUUAAUUUUUAAUUUUUGUUAAUUUGUAUUAACCAUGGUUAGUUCCGUUGUUUCUAACCCGAAUGAACGCCUUGUUAAUAACAGGGUCGAGAAUGAUUUGGAGUCGUCUGAUGAUACUUUAUCUACUCAGGCCAAGCCUGUUUCUCGUUUAUUGACUAGGAAACUCCUUUUGGGUGUUGUCGUUUUAUUCUUUUUGGCUGGCGUUUCCGUCGUUUCUUACUUUCUCUUUAGUAAAUACAAGAUGUUAAAUAAGUUUAAGAGGGAGUUGGAUGACCACUUGACUAAGGAUUUUCCGAACCUAGAAAGGUCUAAACGUGACACUUGUUUCGACGAGUUGACUAGACUCUUUGGUGACGGUUUCCUAUCUGACGAUCCUAAACUUGAAUACGAGGUUUACCGUGAAUUUGAAGAAUUUAACUCCAAAUACAACAGACGUCAUGCCACUCAGCAGGAGCGUCUCAACAGACUCGUCACUUUCCGCUCUAACUAUCUCGAGGUUAAAGAACAAAAGGGUGAUGAACCAUAUGUCAAGGGUAUCAACAGAUUCAGUGACCUCACUGAAAGAGAAUUCUACAAAUUGUUCCCAGUAAUGAAACCACCAAAGGCAACAUAUUCUAAUGGUUACUACCUAUUAUCCCACAUGGCAAACAAGACUUACCUGAAGAACCUGAAAAAGGCCUUAAACACUGAUGAAGAUGUUGACCUCGCUAAACUCACUGGUGAGAAUCUUGACUGGAGGAGAUCUUCAUCAGUUACUUCUGUUAAGGACCAGAGUAACUGUGGUGGCUGCUGGGCAUUCUCAACUGUAGGUUCAGUUGAGGGCUAUUACAUGUCUCACUUUGACAAGAGUUACGAACUCAGUGUCCAAGAAUUAUUGGACUGUGACAGUUUUAGCAACGGAUGCCAAGGUGGUUUAUUGGAAUCGGCCUAUGAAUAUGUUAGAAAGUACGGUUUAGUAUCAGCCAAAGACUUGCCUUUUGUAGACAAGGCUAGAAGAUGUUCCGUACCAAAGGCCAAAAAGGUCAGUGUACCAUCAUACCAUGUUUUCAAGGGGAAAGAAGUCAUGACUAGAUCCCUCACUUCCUCGCCCUGCUCUGUAUAUCUAUCUGUUUCACCCGAACUUGCCAAGUAUAAAUCUGGUGUUUUCACUGGUGAAUGCGGCAAAUCACUUAACCACGCAGUUGUGCUGGUAGGUGAAGGCUACGAUGAAGUCACCAAAAAGAGAUACUGGGUUGUACAAAACUCCUGGGGAACUGAUUGGGGCGAAAACGGCUAUAUGAGACUAGAAAGAACUAACAUGGGAACGGAUAAAUGCGGUGUUCUUGACACCUCAAUGUCUGCAUUUGAACUUUAAUAAUAUG